AUGUCUCAAAUCUAUAGCAAAGACUCUUUGGACAGAUUUGGUGAUGAUUUGUGUGAAAUCCUAUUGAGUUACCUAUCAUUUGAGGGUCGAUUCAGAUAUGAAUGUCUGUCCAAACAGUGGCAACGAGUCGUUUAUUACAAAUUCGUCAUUUACGGGAAUUACACCUCGAAUAUUGGGACGAAAAUGCGCCUGUCCAUUGAGUAUGAGUAUGGAUCAGAUGAGGCUAAGCCAGCAAACGAGUGCUCAGAGAUAUGUUUAAGGAUUUUAAACGUUUAA